AAUUACAUUUGAGAUACUUCGACCCUCAUGGAUAUAUUGACUACUUAUCCUCUUCCUUUUGAUUUGAGUUGUUUCAAUAACUUGAUUUGGCACAGGAGUUGUUCUUUGAGAGCUUGGGCUUCUUUUGCAGACCUUUCUGAGUAGCUUUAUACCAUCACCAAUAAGUCAGAUAAAGGUUAUAAUUCCAACGAUAAUGCUAUUGGAAAGCAUUGUAUAGAGAGUUGCUGUAAUAACAGAAUCACUCCAAUCUUCUUCUACAAGAAUAAGUAGUCCUCAAAGAUAUCCAGUGAAGUACAGCUCAUUAAGAACUUCUAUUAGAUUUGCUCUAGAGAGUCAAUAUGGCCUAAUAGCACUCAAGAAAGCUAAAUAUACCACUUGAAUACCCAGGAUUAUUCCUAUCAGAACAAAAUAGGAUCUGUCUUGCAAAAAGGCUAGUAUCAAUGCAAAAAGUAUUCUUCUGGUAACCCAUGCCGAUGGGAAGAAGCUUCUCAGUCUGGUGAUUUUCAAACCUGUGUAGAGCUCAUCUACCUUGCUAGUUUGCUUUUCCUCGUCAUUCUGAUCCAUAUUUCCUUUCUUUAUUGCAUGUAACCAUCAAAAGAGCAAGAAGAAGCAUCAGCAGACUACAAAUAUUCCUGAAAUUAUUAAGGAAGUUCUUUUGUUCCAAUCAUCAAUUCCAAAUCUGUACAGUUCAAAACAUGAUAUCAAUGCCAGCAUCAGGUAGCUUUCAAUAAUCACUCUGAUGUAGAAAUUACCCUCACUCAUAAACCUUCUCCACCCACCUACACUUUCCUUCACUCCCUCCACACAGCCCCCAACAGAGCCACCCUCAAAAAUUCAAAACAGUCACCACCCCCAAAACCACUAAAACUCCAAAAUGAUUCCUAAAGGCACUGGCAGAGUCAUAGCCUAGAGUCUGAAGUCUGCUGUCUGGCUCGCCUACUUCAAACCACUCUUCAGCUGUGUUAAGGAUUUGGAGGUUCAAGGAUUUGGCUUGGAAGAAAGAGAAACCAGAAGAAGUCAAGUAUUCGACAACCUCACUUGGUACAUAAGCCUUCAUGAAAAUGAGCAGCGUGAGAAUCUGGAGAUGAUUGAUGAUCACCCACACAAGCACUGGAGAGUUCACUGAGACUGCAGAAGAAAUAGCUACCAAGGCUACAGAAGUAGCCUGUAUCGUAGUAGCAGCAGUAGCAACUGCUUGGGCUUCAUUUAGAUCAACCUCUGUGCAUGCAUCUCCUUCAUAGUAUAUUUUGCAUUCUUCUCACUUGGAAGUGUCAGUGGCAGAGCAUUUCUUACAGUUCUGAACAUUUCAUUUUUGAAUUGAAAAAUAGAGGAAUUUCUUCUGAGACGUUGUCAUACCAGAGGCAAGAGUGUCAAUUGCAACAGAAUAGUUUGCAUCAUCACUAGCUGGAGAGUUAAAAGUGAUGGUGCUGGCUGAGGAAUCAAAGGUGAUCCAGCUUGGAUAGGGAUAAGGAGAGUUGUUUACCAUGUUAUUUGAGAUAACAGAACUUGAAUCUCAAGCUCUCUAUUCUCGGUCAAAGUAAACAUUUC